UCGGCAUGCUAAUGAGGCGGGGCGCGGCGGCCGGCUGAGAAGCUGCUGGGCGGCGGUGGCGGCUAGCGCGGAGCGGCCGGGCGGGCGCAGUGUAGGCGUGGGGUCGCUGGCCGGCGCGAACCGGGACAUGGAGCCCUCCGGUGGGAGCCAGGGGCCCGGCCGCGGGACCCGGGAGAAGAAGAAGGGCCGGAGCCCGGAUGAGCUGCCUGCGACGGGCGGCGACGGCGGCAAAUCCAAGAAAUUUACUUUGAAGCGGCUCAUGGCAGAUGAGCUGGAGAGAUUUACAAGCAUGAGAAUUAAGAAGGAGAAAGAAAAGCCCAAUUCUGCUCAUAGAAAUUCUUCUGCAUCAUAUGGGGAUGAUCCCACAGCACAGUCAUUGCAAGAUAUUUCAGAUGAGCAAGUUUUAGCCCUCUUUGAGCAGAUGCUGCUGGAUAUGAAUCUGAAUGAGGAGAAACAACAACCUUUGAGGGAGAAGGACAUUAUCAUCAAGAGGGAGAUGGUGUCCCAGUACUUACACACCUCCAAGGCUGGCAUGAGCCAAAAGGAGAGUUCUAGGUCUGCCAUGAUGUACAUUCAGGAGUUGAGGUCAGGCUUGCGGGAUAUGCCUCUGCUCAGCUGCUUGGAGUCCCUUCGUGUCUCUCUCAACAACAACCCUGUCAGUUGGGUGCAAACAUUUGGUGCUGAAGGCCUUGCUUCUUUAUUAGAUAUUCUCAAGCGACUUCAUGAUGAAAAAGAAGAGAGUCCUGGAAGCUAUGAUAGCCGGAACCAGCAUGAGGUUAUUCGCUGCUUGAAAGCUUUCAUGAACAACAAGUUUGGCAUCAAGACUAUGUUGGAGGCAGAAGAAGGAAUCCUACUGCUGGUCAGAGCUAUGGAUCCUGCAGUUCCCAACAUGAUGAUUGAUGCAGCUAAGCUGCUUUCUGCUCUCUGUAUCCUACCACAGCCAGAGGACAUGAAUGAACGUGUUUUGGAGGCAAUGACAGAAAGAGCUGAGAUGGAUGAAGUGGAGCGUUUCCAACCUCUGUUGGAUGGGUUAAAAAGUGGGACCUCCAUUGCAGUCAAGGUGGGAUGCCUACAGCUGAUCAAUGCUCUCAUCACUCCAGCUGAAGAACUUGACUUCCGAGUUCACAUCAGAAGUGAACUGAUGCGCUUGGGACUGCAUCAGGUGUUGCAGGACCUUCGAGAGAUUGAAAAUGAUGAUAUGAAAGUACAGCUGAAUGUGUUUGAUGAACACUCAGAAGAAGAUUCCUAUGAUCUAAGGGGUCGGCUGGAUGACAUUCGUAUGGAGAUGGAUGACUUUAGUGAAGUCUUCCAAAUUCUCUUAAAUACUGUGAAGGACUCCAAGGCAGAGCCACACUUCCUGUCUAUAUUACAGCACCUCCUAUUGGUCCGAAAUGACUAUGAGGCCAGACCACAAUACUAUAAGUUGAUUGAAGAAUGCAUUUCCCAGAUAGUUCUUCAUAAGAAUGGGGCUGAUCCUGACUUCAAGUGCCGGCACCUCCAGAUUGAUAUUGAAGGAUUAAUUGAUCAAAUGAUUGAUAAAACAAAAGUGGAGAAAUCUGAAGCCAAAGCUACAGAGCUAGAAAAAAAGCUGGACUCAGAGUUAACAGCCCGACAUGAGCUACAAGUGGAAAUGAAAAAGAUGGAAAGUGACUUUGAGCAGCAACUUCAGAAUCUUCAGGGAGAAAAGGAGGCACUGAAUUCUGAAAAGCAAAAGAUUACCACAGAGAAACAGGACCUGGAAGCAGAGAUGUCCCAGCUCACAGGAGAGGUUGCCAAGCUGUCAAAAGAACUGGAAGAUGCCAAGAAAGAAAUAGCUUCUCUGUCUGCUGCAGCUGUUGCUGUAGCUCCUUCUGUUCCUAGUAGUACUGCUGUUCCCCCUGCUCCUCCUCUACCUGGUGCCUCUGGCACUGUUAUUCCACCCCCAGCCCCUCCUUUACCUGGAGAGGUCAGCAUACCACCCCCUCCUCCUCUUCCUGGAGUGGGUUCCAGUCUCCCACCACCUGCCCCUCCUUUACCUGGAAAUGUUUGUAUCCCCCCACCCCCUCCCUUACCUGGGAGUACUUCUAUCCCCCCACCCCCUCCCUUGCCUGGAAGUACUUCCAUUCCCCCACCCCCUCCCUUGCCUGGAAGUACUUCCAUUCCCCCACCCCCUCCCUUACCUGGGAGUACCUCCAUUCCCCCAGCCCCUCCCUUUCCUGGGGCUGCAGGUAUUCCCCCACCCCCUCCCUUGCCAGGAGGAGCAGGAAUACCACCUCCCCCCCCACCUCUUCCUGGAAUUCCUCCACCCCCACCAUUUCCUGGAGGUCCUGGCAUUCCUCCACCCCCACCUGGAAUGGGUAUGCCUCCACCUCCCCCUUUUGGAUUUGGAGUUCCAGCAGCCCCAGUUCUGCCAUUUGGAUUAGCCCCUAAAAAAGUUUAUAAGCCAGAGGUGCAGCUCCGGAGGCCAAACUGGUCCAAGUUUGUGGCUGAGGAUCUUUCCCAAGACUGCUUCUGGACAAAGGUGAAGGAGGACCGUUAUGAGAACAAUGAACUGUUUGCCAAACUUACCCAUACUUUUUCAGCCCAGACCAAGACUUCCAAAGCCAAGAAGGAUCAGGAAGGUGGAGAAGAAAAGAAAUCUGUGCAAAAGAAAAAAGUAAAGGAAUUAAAGGUGUUAGAUUCAAAGACUGCCCAGAAUCUCUCAAUCUUUUUGGGUUCCUUCCGGAUGCCCUAUCAAGAGAUUAAGAGUGUCAUCCUGGAGGUCAAUGAAGCUGUUCUGACCGAGUCUAUGAUUCAGAACCUCAUUAAACAAAUGCCAGAACCAGAGCAGUUAAAAGUGCUCUCUGAACUGAAGGAUGAAUACGAUGAUCUGGCAGAGUCCGAGCAGUUUGGUGUGGUGAUGGGCACGGUGCCCCGUCUGCGGCCUCGCCUCAAUGCCAUCCUCUUCAAGCUACAAUUCAGUGAGCAAGUGGAAAAUAUCAAGCCAGAGAUUGUGUCUGUCACUGCUGCUUGUGAGGAGUUGCGUAAAAGUGAGAGCUUCUCCAGCCUCCUAGAAAUUACCCUCCUUGUUGGAAACUAUAUGAAUGCCGGCUCCAGGAAUGCUGGUGCGUUUGGCUUCAACAUCAGCUUCCUCUGUAAGCUGCGAGACACCAAGUCUACAGACCAGAAGAUGACGUUGUUGCACUUCUUGGCUGAGUUAUGUGAAAAUGACUAUCCUGAUGUCCUCAAGUUUCCAGAUGAACUUGCCCAUGUGGAAAAGGCCAGUCGAGUUUCUGCUGAAAACUUGCAGAAGAACUUAGAUCAGAUGAAGAAACAGAUUUCUGACGUGGAGCGUGAUGUUCAGAAUUUUCCUCCAGCCACAGAUGAAAAAGACAAGUUUGUUGAAAAAAUGACUAGCUUUGUGAAAGAUGCACAGGAACAGUAUAACAAGCUGCGGAUGAUGCACUCAAACAUGGAGACGCUCUAUAAGGAGCUAGGUGAUUACUUCCUCUUUGACCCUAAGAAGUUGUCUGUGGAGGAAUUCUUCAUGGAUCUGCACAACUUCAGGAAUAUGUUUUUGCAAGCUGUCAAGGAGAACCAGAAGCGACGGGAGACAGAAGAAAAGAUGCGGCGAGCAAAACUAGCCAAGGAGAAGGCAGAGAAAGAGCGGUUGGAGAAGCAGCAGAAGAGAGAACAACUCAUAGACAUGAAUGCAGAAGGUGAUGAGACAGGGGUGAUGGACAGUCUUCUGGAAGCUCUGCAGUCAGGAGCAGCAUUCCGACGGAAAAGAGGACCCCGUCAGGGCAACAGAAAAGUCGGAUGUCUCGCUUCUAUGCUACCUUCGGACCUGAUCAAGGAUGAUGUCAUAACUGCUGCCCCUGCUAAGAUGUCCAAUAGUGAAGGAGUCCCCACAAUCCUUGAGGAAGCCAAGGAGUUGGUUGGCCGUGCAAGUUAACCUGUGUCCUGUGGCUAUGGUAGCUCCAAAAUGGAGCCGACUGUCCUGCCCUGCAGCACAUGCCUAAAGGGUCAGAGGGAUGUUCUGUUUGUCUGAAGCAGCCAUUCCUAUCACCCUGACCCCAUCUUUCUGUCUGGCCUGCUGCUCUCUGAAUAUCACACACAUCUUCAGCUGCCUAGAGACCAAAAGGGCAGCGUUGGGAAGGCCUGAGCCCCAGCCAGCCAGCCCUGACCAUUGUGUUACCAAAGCAGGGUCCAUGUUUGCUGCCUUAACCCUGUCUCCUCUGUUACUCCAAGGGCCUUUACUCAAGCAAGGCCCAUCCCGCUUUCUCAGCCCGACUUUCUAAUGGGCCUUCCCUAGGUCAAUCUUACUGGCUUUGUGCUUUUCUUCUGUGGUUUCUCUGGCCCUGGGAAUAGCAUGGAGCUUAUAAACCUUUGGGCUAGAGCCUUCUUUCAUUACUGCCACUGCUGCUCUUUCUAUUGGCUGUUGUUAUUUAUUACUAAUGCUGUGGCAUUGGGAGCUGCUUCUGAGGAAGCAAAGAGCAAAUCCCACCUUACCCACCUUCCUGGGAAAGGACUCCCAAAAUUUAAAAGGAUGUAGAUUGCUCUAGCUGUGCCCUGGUGGCAGAGUCCUGAGCCUGUGGGCAGGUGGCUAAGGCAAAGUGACAGCGUGGGCCAUGUCUCCAGCUUGCUGCCAUGCUUUGUGCCCUUGCCUCCUUGUACCAGCCCGAGGCUACUGAGCCAAGGUCCCUUUGUAUGCCUUCCCCAGAGCUUUGGUGCAUCUCAUCUGGAGUAUGGGCUAUCGUGUGACCAUCCUACACCUCACCCCUGUCUCCAAGGAAGUGGGAGGUGGAAUCUACUGGCUUAGAAUUUGUUUUGCAAAUGGAUCUAUUUUUGUACAAAAAUUUUUUUUAAAGAAAAAUAACUUCCUUUCCCCUUCCCUCUCCAUAAUCAAAGAGGAUUUGGUGUUAGAUUCAGAGUUCCUGGGGUUUGUCUUCAUAGGCUUCAGUGCUGGGCAUAUCCUUGGACCUUGGCCUCAGAUGUCAUCUGAACUCUGAGGCCAAGACAGAUAGAUCCUCUUCCGGCUUUAGUCCAAGGCAGCAGGAAUCUCUUACGCUGAGGCUGGGCCAAGCCUAAGAGUAGCAGGAACUCUGAGGCCAGAGAUUUUAUGAAUUUAAUAAACUACCAAGCCAAAUGUACAGAUGCUGACUGGAUGUCCUGAGAAGUUAGUUGGCCCAGAGGUGAUUUACAGACUGAAUUGUUUGGUGGCCCCCAAACUCAGAAAGCUUGGGUUCUCUGGCUUAGGGUGACACGUUUACUCUCCUGUAUCCCUUUGAGCUUCCCACGCCAGUUAAGAAUGACAUUGUUAAUAGACCCAGUGGUACACUUGUUAGAACAAAAGGGAGCUUGAGACUCUUGCUGGAGACUAGAGGGGGCCUUGGGACCAAGAACGAGGAUUCUGGUCACUAGAGCUUGUUUCUGCAGAGGCACAGGCAGCUCCUCUGAGCUGUUCCCAGGAAGACUGGUGCAGGAGGCCUGAUUGCUCUCCUGGGUCACCCCUUCCUCUUGUUCGCUGAUAUCUAGGGCUUUGACCCUUUCUUUUAUAAUGUACUUUUGCUAAGAUGCAUUUAAUAAAAAAAAAAAAAA